UGUUUAUAAAACCCGACAGACUCGUUAAAUUCUUGUCCAAAUAAUCAUUCAUGAACCCCAUGUGUGUGAUCAAACUUCUAACGAUGCUCAAGUUAGUUUUAAGUUAAAAACCUCUUUAAAUUGAAUCAUCGUACUGUUGUUUUCGUGUUCCUAAUCUAGCAAAAUCUCUGUCAAUAAUCGUAAAGAAAGGAAAAAAUCAUGUCUCAUCAUUUGGAUCUUAGUGGAAUGAAGAAAAGGAAAAGGGGUGAAAGGGUGUUCAAAUUGAAGGCAUUUGGUGAAAAUGGAUACCCUGUUGAGUUCAUUCAAGGUGGCUCUUUUGAGCAAAAUGUGAGAGCCCUUUUGGAGUUCGGACAAAUGGAGAUCGGUUUGUGUGAUCCACUGCCAUGUUGGUCGUUUCAGCUCGAAGUUCACCGUCAUCCUUUGCUCCAUGUGUUUCUCCUCGUUGUUGAAGAACCAAUUCAUCUGUCUUUCAGUCGUUGUUGCAAGCAUUGUCAAUAUAUAGGCUGGGGAGAACACUUGAUUUGUAAUAAGAAGUAUCACUUUCUGCUGCCUUCCAAGGACACAAUUUCAGCACAUUUAAGCUAUGAAGGCCACUUCAGCAUGAGUUCUUUUCCUGCUGCUGCAAUAGCAACAUGUAAGUCCAAUUUGAUUGAAUUACAAGGUCAUACUCUGCAUGGUGUCUUUCACUCUAAUGGUUUUGGACAUUUGCUCUGUGUCAAUGGCCUCGAGACCGGCUCCGAUUUGCCUGGGCAUCAGAUUAUGGACUUUUGGGAUCGUUUAUGCACUGGAUUGAAAGCAAGAGAAGUGAGUUUGAAAGAUGUCUCACAAAAGAAUGGCAUGGAUCUAAGAUUACUUCAUGGAGUGGCUUAUGGCAGGCCUUGGUGUGGCCAAUGGGGCUACAAAUUUGGGAGAGGAAGCUUUGGUGUUACCCAAUCAACGUAUCAAAAUGCCAUUGAAUCAAUGCGAACUAUACCUUUAGCAUUAUUUACUCAUCAUCAUCAUCAUCUUGGCAAUAAUGAUCAAAUUUACAACGAAGUAAUCACAACAUUGUCAAGGUACCAAAUGUUAUCAGGCAAUAUCCUGGUUAAUCUUGGUGAUAUGUUCCACUUCAUGUUGGAGCUGAAAUCGAAACUUCCGAAAGAAAGCAGUACUACAACCACAGAAUCCUCUCAUUCAUCUGGAUUGCUAGUGGAUACUUCUUGCAGAUGGUCUCCUAAGCGUAUCGAAAUGGCCAUAAGGGUGAUCAUUGAAGCUCUCAAAAGAGCCGAAUUUCAAUGGAUUUCGAGGCAAGAGGUUCGAGAUGCUGCUCGCGCAUACAUUGGUGACACAGGGUUGCUAGACUUUGUGCUGAAAUCAUUAGGAAAUCACAUUGUUGGAAAGUAUCUGGUUCGUCGUUGUCUGAAUCCUGUGACCAAGGUGUUGGAAUAUUGCCUGGAAGACAUCUCUGAUGCAUUUCCUCAACAAGAUCAUCAGGGUUAUGGCAGAAUCAUCAGAAAUCGCGAUUCGAAGUCGACUAAACCACAGUACAACAACAUUACAUUAGGGCAGCUUAUGAAGGACGUCUUUCGUUUGUACAAGCAUAUUCUGAUAGAGAACAAACCAAUAUUGGCUCAUGUGCCAAUGGCAUCAAGGAUUGUUUUGGACACUAAAUUCUUCAUCAAGAACUACUCUGAUCAGAACCCAUUAUUCACUCUGGAAAACUCAGGGAUUAUUGGUUCCAUAUCCCUCAUAAACAUCAAGAAUGGAGGAGGGGCUGAUUCGGUUAGCAAACUGACCAUUGAUCUCUGUGAAUAUCUAACUGUGAAGAACAGUGCCACAUUCUAUGAACUCCAGGUGGAAAUGGAGAGAAGAUUCAGGGAUUUGUACUGGGGAUUGAGGAACUUUGUGGUGCAAUCCAUACCAAAUGUAGAAGCUCAAGGAUCAGACAUGGUUUUCAACAUCAUCAAGAGGGGUUCAAAGGUUAUCUUUGAAGGUGAAAUUGUUGGAGAAGAGGAAGCCACUCAAGAUCAGAUUUGUGGGUAUUUUGAGAAUUAUGAUGGCAAAAUGGUGGUGGAUUGCAGUUGUGGGACGAAACGUGAUGAUGGUGAAAGAAUGGUGGCGUGUGACAUAUGUGAAGUUUGGCAGCAUACAAGAUGUGUUAAUAUCCCAAGUAUGGAAGAAAUCCCUACUAUAUUUCUGUGCCAUUCUUGUGAGCAAGGCAUCUUGCAUUUCCCUUCCUUACCUUAAAACAACACAAUUUAUGAAAGAGCCAAACUGAUCAUGUUUAUUAUACCUUUUAUUUUAACUUUUUUGC